AUUGUCUCCUAAAUUAGAUUACAAAGUAGAAGACGCUAUUGCAUUUGUCAGAAAACAAGAAUCACUGAAAGGACUAAUCAAUCGUUUUGUUGUACCAAUAGAAAAAUAUUGCGAUAAACUCGAAAUGCUAUCUGUCGCUAAUAUCAAUCCAAAAAAUUUAAGAAAUAGUUCCAGGAUAAAGCAAUUGGUCAUUUGGAGUUAUAGUCUAGCGGCUUUGGAAAGAGAUGCACAUUAUUUGGCAAACCUUGAAAGACUAAAGAUUCAAAUUCAUGGUAAUUAUGGAAAUAUUUUGGUCACAAAUGUUCGCUUAUGCAAAUCUGUCGUUCAGUCCCAGAUACUUAUUACGAUGGUCCAGUAUUGGAAAAGCUCAAAAUACUUGAGUUGUCCUGUCUUUCAUUCUGUGAUGCAGACUUUUUUCAUGGUUUCCAGUUGAUGGAUUCAUGUCCAAACUUACUAAGUGCACAUAUUUCCAUGAACACGAAUACUUGGUUUUUUGAUGAAACUUUUAAACACGAAUUUUUGCAAGAUUUGGUUUUACAAUUUUAUGGACUUGAUGACGAAAAUGAUAACUGGAAUAAUUUAAAAAGAUUGUUUAAGAAAUUUCCGAAUCUCAAACAUCUCGCGUUGAAGGGCCAUUGUAUUAUAAUAGAUGAACAUAUCGAGCAGUUGGUUCACAUUUUACCCAAUUUAGUGCUAUUGGAUGUUAGCGAGUGUCAGGAAGUCACUCAAAGAGCUGCUGAUUAUGUUAAAGAUUAUUGUAAAAGAUAUGGACGGAAAAUCAAAUUUUACUUCGAUGGAAAUAAACAUGAAAUCGAUUCAGAUUGGCCGCAGUUAUCUAUUAAACACGAAGCAAUUAGUCGAGGCUUGGAUUUCAUGAAACAUUGCUUUCGCAAAAAUUUUUUCGCUCUUUCACAUUUUUUGAUUCCAAUUGAUUAUUGAAAAGUACUUAUAAAUAUAUUGUUGUUCUUUACCUCGAAAGCUUAUUCUAAGAGUUUCAACUUAAUCUCUACUAUUCAUCCACUUUAUGUAAUCCAUCCAAUUAAGCGUUUGCAAUUCAGCAUUUUGACUGUAAAAUUGAAAGUUUACUCGAACAGAGGAAAUUAUUCAAAGGAAAAUACAAAUUUUAUUUGAAAA